AAAAGUUGAACAUAUGACGUGAUAUUUCUUGCUAAAUGUAUGUAUAAGUAUUUUUUAUAGUUUGUAAUCAUGAUAUCAUAUAAUGAUUAUUUGCUAUUCAUGUAUGUUGCUCACAUGGUGUUUUGGCUAAUUAGAAUCUCAAGAGAUCAAUCUAAACCCUACAAGUUAAAGGAUCUUGAAAAAAUGUAAAAUCAUGUAAAGUACCCAAAAUGGAAAAAGUAGAAAGAUCACUAGAUCUCCUCCGAAUCCAAAAACACAAUCCAGCUGAUUUUUUUCACAAUUUCUUUCUCCUUUAAAUAUUCAACAAAUAUAUUUUUGAGUUUCACAAAAUAUUUUCUUAUAAGAGUUCUGUAAUAUUUUGUUGCUCACAAGAAAGAAAGAUAAGGAGAGAGAUGGCUGACGAAGUUCCAAGCUUGGCAGAGUCGAAGUUAACAGCUUUGGUCGUCGAUGACAACUUUGUAAACCAAACCAUGCAUCACAAACUGCUGGACCGUCUAGGUAUUCAAAACGACGUCGUUUGCAACGGCCAAGAAGCUGUGGACGUUCAUUGUUCCGGGAGAAACUAUGAUCUUAUUCUUAUGGACAUGGAGAUGCCCAUCUUGAACGGUAUUCAGGCGACAAAGAGACUAAGAGAGAUGGGGAUAGAGAGCAAGAUAGCAGGAGUAACCACUAGAGCUAACGAAGGAGACAAGAAAGAGUUUAUGGAAGCUGGUCUUAAUGACUUUCAAGAGAAACCUCUCACAAUCUCCAAACUUUUGUCCAUUCUCCACAGACUUGACUUUUAUGUCCAAACGUAAUUAUUCUACAUUAUUCGUUAGGGAUUUUUGAUAAUCUUCACAUGUUUUCUAUAACAUACUUAUAGUUUGUAAUAUUCAUACUUCAGAAUAGUAAGCACCAAUACCAAUUUCGAUAAAAGUU